AUGGAUGACGCUCUGAUGAGCCACACUGGAUUCCAGCAACGUAGCGACACGGAAGCGGAUCCGGAGAGGUUGUUACGAAUGGAUGAGGGCCAGGAGCUUCCGCCCGGAGCCAGCAUCCGCGACAUUUCGAGCGUCCGCAGGCCGCACGCGGCUCCCACGACUUCUCCGGCUAUUGAGGCGCACCUGACACGUGUACGGGAAAGUUCGGCGAGAUUGAUAAAGCGAGUGAAGCAGGAGAAGAGGGAUGCGGUGGAGCGGGCAAAGGGCGAGGAGGAAGAUGCCAAGAGGAGGGCUGAGGCUGCAGUGCGAGAGAUGCAGGCGGUGAAGGAGAAGGCGGAAGAAGAGAGAAGGCGGGCGGAUGAAGAGAGAGCGGCGCUGGAGGAACGGUGGAAGUGCUGGGGCGGGCUGGGGAAGGAGCGCAAGGCGGAAGUAGCAGCGGAAGCGAGGAUGGUGGAGGCGGCUGAGGGGAGUCGAGGUGAAUUGGAGCAGCGUUGUGUUGAACUGAGCGCUGAAUUGGAGGCGUUGAGAGGGAAGCUGGAGGAGACAGAGGCGGCGCCGGAGGCGAAAGAGAGGGCCUUGGUGGCAGCAGAGGAGGAGAAGGGCUGGGAGCAGCAGCAGGUGCAGGAGCGGAGGGAGCGGGCGUUAAAGAAGCAGGUCGCGCAGGCGGAGGCGCUGCUGGUGGAGCUGAGGGCGGGCUGCCGGAUGCGGGAGGAGGGCGAAAAAAAGGAGAGGGAGAGGCGCGAGCAGGCGAAGAAGAAGCUGCAGGCGGCGUUGCAGGAGAGGCGGAGGGAGGAGGGGCUUGAAGAGAGGAUCAGCAAGCUUCAGGGGCGAUUGGAGAGAGAGGAGGCGCAGGCGAGGGACGCGAAGUCGAUGCUGUUUCCGCUGCCGCUGCUGCCACCGCCAAUACCAGCAGCAGCCACUGCAGCAGCAGCAAACGGCAUUUCUGCUGCCGACAUCACACAGACGCCGUUUCACACCAUCACACAGACGCCGUUUCACACCAUCACACAGACGCCGUUUCACACCAUCACACAGACGCCGUUUCACACCAUCACACAGACGCCGUUUCACACCAUCGCACAGACGCCGUUUCACACCAUCGCACAGACGCCGUUUCACACCAUCGCACAGACGCCGUUUCACACCAUCGCACAGACGCCGUUUCACACCAUCGCACAGACGCCGUUUCACACCAUCGCACAGACGCCGUUUCACACCAUCGCACAGACGCCGUUUCACACCAUCGCACAGACGCCGUUUCACACCAUCGCACAGACGCCGUUUCACACCAUCGCACAGACGCCGUUUCACACCAUCGCACAGACGCCGUUUCACACCAUCGCACAGACGCCGUUUCACACCAUCGCACAGACGCCGUUUCACACCAUCGCACAGACGCCGUUUCACACCAUCGCACAGACGCCGUUUCACACCAUCGCACAGACGCCGUUUCACACCAUCGCACAGACGCCGUUUCACACCAUCGCACAGACGCCGUUUCACACCAUCGCACAGACGCCGUUUCACACCAUCGCACAGACGCCGUUUCACACCAUCGCACAGACGCCGUUUCACACCAUCGCACAGACGCCGUUUCACACCAUCGCACAGACGCCGUUUCACACCAUCGCACAGACGCCGUUUCACACCAUCGCACAGACGCCGUUUCACACCAUCGCACAGACGCCGUUUCACACCAUCGCACAGACGCCGUUUCACACCAUCGCACAGACGCCGUUUCACACCAUCGCACAGACGCCGUUUCACACCAUCGCACAGACGCCGUUUCACACCAUCGCACAGACGCCGUUUCACACCAUCGCACAGACGCCGUUUCACACCAUCGCACAGACGCCGUUUCACACCAUCGCACAGACGCCGUUUCACACCAUCGCACAGACGCCGUUUCACACACCUGUAUUGUAUGAUGGUGUCGUUGAGCCAUGUGUACAAGUGGUCUGGGCUGUUCAUGGAUCGCCGCUGGCGGCAGCAGGAGCGAGGUGGCGUGACGAUUCUGCUGCAGACGAGGAGGCAGCCGGGGUAGCAGCGGGAGCCGCCUGCGCGGGUGUGAAAGGGGGCCCUCCGGGAAGAGGAGCGGCCGCCGAAGCAGGUGCAGGGGGCGCCGGUGGAGUAGUAGACGCGUGA